UUACAGAUGUUCAGUAUCAAGAAGCUAAAGGCUUCCAAGCCCAAACCCUACUCCAACCCUCUUAGGGUUAGGAUAUUUGGAUCAUCAAACCCUUCCAAAUACAUGACAGCAGAUGGCAGAGAGAGGAAGUCGGUCACGUUGGGUGCGGCUGAUCAAGAGGACGCUAUCAAAAUUGUCCUAUACGAUUUGAGUAAACUUACUUCUGUGAAGGACCAAGACAGUGUCCUGUUGACUAAUUAUGUCUACAAAAUAGACCCGUGCCCUUGCAUUAUUCUAACAACUGUCAGCAAGGUCAUGAAGACUUUACUGAUUAAUGUACCACCACAUCUGCAGGCAACAGCGAAAUCGAUUGCCAACUCCUUGCCUGCAAAGUCUGUUGCCAUAAGAGAUGUCAAAACAUCUCCUGUGAAGACAAUGGUGACAAUUAAAGGAAGAGUGACUUCGGAAGAGAUGGUACGCACCGUACAAGUUAGAGGAUCUGACGUUGAGGUCCGAAACAUAAGAGUAAAUGAUGGCACGGAGGAAAUUAAGGUGUCCCUAUGGAGGGAAUUGGUCUCUAUGUGCAAGGUUGGGGAGUACUUGGAAUUUUCAAAUGUUGUAACUUCAUCGUACCAGGAGGAGGUGUCUGUUUCGACCACUCAAAGAACCACGAUUCAACCAUGUGAAGCACCACCAAGUGUGAUGGAAGGAAAAUUAAUUGCCUUCGAAAAGAAAGAGACCAUGUACUCACUGAUGAUAGGAAAUGAGAGGAAUAAGGUUUAA